AUGUCGAAGAACGCGCUGAAGAAGCUGCAGAAGAAGCGCGAGGCCGACAAGAAGAAGGCGGCCAAGGCCGCGGAGAAGGAGGCCAAGGCCGCGGCCGAGGGCCCGAAGAAGAAGUCGGCCCUCGCGUCGUCCGAGGCCGACGACCAGCUGUCGCCGAACCAGUACUUCGAGAACCGCUGCGCGACCAUGAGCAAGCUCCAGGCCGCGUCGGACGCCGGCGCGGCCGCGUCGCCGUGGCCGCACAAGUUCGCCGUGUCGCACACGCUGCCCGAGUACGUCGAGGCCUUCGGGGGCCUCGCCGACGGCGCGCGCGUCGACGACGUCACGGUGAGCGUCGCGGGCCGGGCCAUGCGCAAGGCGGGCCAGGGCAAGCUCAUCUUCUACGACCUGCACGGGUCGGGCGUGAAGAUCCAGGUCAUGUCGGACCCGCGGUCCUUCGGCGCGGGCGAGGAGGCCUGGGAGGCCAUCAACGACCGCCUGCGCCGCGGCGACGUCGUCGGCGUCGUCGGGUCCCCCGGCAAGUCGAAGCGCGGCGAGCUCAGCAUCUUCCCGAAAGAGCUCGCGCUCCUCUCGCCGUGCCUCCACAUGCUGCCCAAGGGCCAGGGCGCGUCCGUGCUCAAGGACCCGGACACGCGCUUCCGCAAGCGCUACCUCGACCUCAUGGUCAACGAGGGCGCCGCGGACGUCUUCGCGAUCCGGAGCCGCAUCGUGUCCUCCGUGCGCAAGUACCUCGACGACCGCGGCUUCCUCGAGGUCGAGACGCCCAUGAUGAACAUGGUCGCCGGCGGCGCGACGGCGAAGCCCUUCGUGACCUACUUCAACGAGCUCGGCAUCAACGUCUUCAUGCGCGUCGCGCCCGAGCUCUACCUCAAGACGUGCGUCGUCGGCGGUUUGGACCGCGUCUACGAGAUCGGCCGCCAGUUCCGCAACGAGGGCAUGGACCUGACGCACAACCCCGAGUUCACGACCUGCGAGUUCUACAUGGCCUACGCGGACUACCACGAUUUGAUGGACAUGACCGAGGACAUGAUCUCGUCGCUCGUCAAGGACAUCCACGGCACGUACAAGGUCAAGUACCAGCCCAAGGAGGGCGACGAGAUCGAGAUCGACUUCUCGCCGCCCUGGCCCCGCGUGCCCAUGCUCGCGGGUUUGGUGAAGGAGCUCGCGAAGCUGUCCAUCGACGCGGCGUGGCUCGACGCGCCGGGCGCGCUGUCGCUUCCCGACGCCGCGGCGAAGCUCCUCGCGGUCCACUCCGCCGCGAAGAUCGACCCCUGCCAGAAGCCCCACACGGUCGCGCGCCUCGUCGACAACCUCGUCGGCGAGCUCCUCGAGGACAACUGCGUGAACCCCGCGUUCAUCACGGAGCACCCCGCGGAGAUGUCGCCGCUCGCCAAGUACCACCGGGACAAGCCGGGCCUCACGGAGCGCUUCGAGCUCUUCGUCGCGGGCAAGGAGCUCUGCAACGCCUACACGGAGCUCAACAACCCCUUCGUCCAGCGCGAGCGCUUCGCGGCGCAGGCCGGCGACGUCGACGCGGGCGACGACGAGGCCAUGGUCAAGGACGAGGACUUCUGCGUCGCGCUCGAGCACGGCCUGCCGCCCACGGGCGGCUGGGGCUGCGGCAUCGACCGCCUCACCAUGUUCCUCUCGAACAAGAACUCCAUCCGCGAGGUCCUCCUCUUCCCCGCGAUGAAGCCGGAG